AUGCUAUCUAAUCCUUUAACAUGCUAUCAUGCGUUCCCGACUAUAUAUAUAAUCCAUAAAGAAUAUAUAUAUAAAUCGCAGACCGGCACUAAAUGUGUUAUUGAUGCGUUUGGAUUUGUAAUUGUGUUCCCAGGUCAGAUUCUUCAAGUACCAAUGAGUCCAUCAAAAGAUCAAGCGGUUACUAUUACAUCAUCAACAAAUAUUAUUGAUUCGGAUGGGAUAAGAAUGGGACCGGGAUCAGCAGUAUUAAUACAACAACGAUCAUUACCAUCACCAGCAAAUGUGAAUAAUACCUCGAAAUGUGAUUUGUAUGACGUAAACGAUGAUGAAGAUGGCGUGCAAAAGUUUUUGAAGAUUAAGGUUGUGAAACAAGUGACCGAGAUGGAUGGAACGGUGAGCGGUACAUUGUUGAUAACACCGAAUGCAUUGAUGUUCGACCCAGAUGUGACUCAUCCGCUUGUUAUUGAGAACGGACAUGAACUGUACAUGGUGAUGGCACACAUGGAUGACAUUAUGUCUGUGGCUGUCUAUAAGGAUAUUGAGGCACUCACUCAAGAAACAGCCGAUAGCACUGAUAUCAUCUAUGAUCCUGAUCACCUGAGAACACCACCGCCCUCUCAGGAUGGCGGUGCAUCAACGACGGGAUUAAUUGAAUCCGAGGCUGGGGGAUUACCACAAAUUGUGGAGGAAAGUGGACAUAAAUUGUCGGUCGCUGAUAAGGAGGAUCUCAGUGAUAAGGAUGUGGAUAAGAGUAGCGCUGAGAGGAGAACUGAUAUCUAUUCCUGUCAACACCCAUCGACCAUCGCUCAACAAUACAGAUCGCUGUCGGAAACUGAAACUGAAGUAAUGAAAGCUUGUGAAAGUGACCAGAACGAGUGCGUUUUUAUUACAGAUGUGAAUGCUUACUGCUUACCCGAAUAUUGCUUUGCUGCUUUACAACUCUUUACGAAUGUUGCGUUUGCUUUCGUAUUAUAUUUGCAAAUUCAAUCGCUCUUCAAAAAAUUGAGUUUAAGUGCUCGUGCUCAAAGUAUAAGGGGCUCGGUGGCAUCAAGUGCUGGAAAGGUGACCCAAACUGCGAUGAGUGGCACGAAGAGUGUAGCGCAUGGGGUCGUAACUCAUACUAAGUCUGCAGCAGAUACGUUACAAUCGGGUAUUGAAACGAGUGCAAAGAUGGCGGCGAAAGGAGUCGAUGUGAUGACUUCAUUGCCACAAGGGAUUGUAGCAGUAGGAAGUGGUUUGCUGGAGGGUUUGCAGACGAAUGCGGACGAUAUGAGUCAACAACAUAGUGUAUUCAAUAAAAUUAUUGAUGAGGUGCGAAACGAGGCAUCUUUGAGACGUGAACAGAGUUUAGCAACGUUGGAAGCGUUGAAACAAAAGACGCAGUUGGCGAGAGAGAGUUUUUUGAGGGGCGAUUCGAAUUUGACGACGUUCGCUUGUGCCACAAGUUGGAGUGAUAUGCCCGAAUUAUUCAAACCGGUCAAUGAGAUGAUAAGUAAACCAGAAGCAUCCAAUAACUAUUCACAGCAAUAUAUCACCUCACAGCUGCCCUAUUACAUGAUCGUCAAACUCAAUAAAAAGAAGAGACAUUCUAAAUGUUCGUUCAUAGUAAUUUGGUCACGUUCGAGUUCGAAUGAUAAUCUGAAUAACACCAGAUUAACACGACGUGAAUUCUGGUUCGCGAUUCCACGCAAUAAGGCGAACGCUAUCUAUCAGUUCCUUUUGCAGUGGACUCCCGACAAAUAUGGACAGGAGGAGAGUAAAGUGACGUCGUCGAUAGCGAUUCCGAGGGAGGAAUACUGUCAAUCGAAAGAGCAUGAUGAUGCCAUCGAAUUGGCAUAUUCACUCGGACAUGGAAAUGGAUUUAUUGUGCUUGAUUCGGAUGCAGAUGAAAAACUUGUGGCAACUCCUGACAAGAGACAUGACGAGGGAUCAUCGUUGAGGAAUAGAUCGAACGGAUCGAGUGAGCACGGCUCGGUCAUCAAUGAGAAUGUCGAUGAGGUGAAACAGAAAAGGGAAGUUGAACGGUACACGGGGUCGGUUGAUCGAUAUGAUGAGGCUAGUCAUAAGUCACGUAAACGUUCUCUGCACAAGUCGUUCAAGAAAUUGCGUCAGCGAGCAUUCUCGACACCAUCUUCACUUAAGAAACUCGCUGAUAUAAGCAGUGGAGAGAAACCACCAACACCAGUAUUUGGCAAGGGGAGUCUGAACAGAGAAUGGGAGAUAGUGACUGUAGAGGAGAUGUGCAGAAGGUUGUCGUUGUCUUGUAUCGACCAGAUGCUGAUGCCGAUACCGGAUGGAGCGAGUGAAUCACAGAUUCUGGAUGAGGACAUGAUCAGAGAGGUACAUUAUUCAUUUCAGAUCAUGCAGAUACUACCUGCUCGAGCUGAGGGAUAUCCAUGGGUCAAUAUUUAUAAUUCUGAGAAACACGGAUUCUCAUUGCAUACUUUUUAUAGAAAGAUGAUGGAAUGGGAUGAGGAUAUGUCGCCGAUAUUAUUAAUUAUUCGUGACUGUCAAGAUCAUGUAUUUGGUGGUAUUGCGAGUAGUGCGAUUAGACCGUCGGAACACUUCUUUGGAACUGGAGAUUCGAGUUUAUUAUUCAAAUUCGUUAGCAAUACACAUUCUGAUGAGAAAGAGUUAAAGUCGUUUAAAUGGAGUGGAGAUAAUCAGUACUUUGUGAAAGCGAAUAAGGAUUCAUUGAUAAUGGGUGCGGGAAGAGGACAUUACGGAAUAUGGCUGGAUGCAGAUCUGAAUUACGGCAGAUCGCAGAGAUGUGAUACGUUCAAGAACGAACCUUUAGCCGGUGACUUCGAGGAUUUUAACAUUCAGUUUAUCGAGGCAUUUGGAUUUAAAAUGGUGUGA